ACACAAAAGAUUGCCUAGACUGACGGACGGACAGUCGGCCAGCCGUUGUAAACAAAGAUGACGAUGAACCCAAUUACUUUCCGGCGUGCUAUCUCUACUUCCCCUUUUCUCUCACACAGAAUUAAACAAACAGACAAUGAAAUUGUUCAAAUGUUUCGGUUAUCGACUCCAAGGGAAGAUUCAAAUAACUUACCCGUGAAUCGAAAAGCAUCAAAAAGGGCGAAUGGGGGUAGUAGUUCUGGUAGGAUGUUAGAUGAGAGAUUUAUUAAGAUUUUAAAGAUAUUUAAAUGGGGCCCUGAUGCAGAAAAGGCUUUAGAGGUACUUAAACUACGAGUUGAUCAUCGAUUGGUUCGUGAGGUUUUGAGUAUCGAUGUGGAUGUAAAUGUUAAGUUGCAGUUUUUUAAAUGGGCUGGAAAAAGACGACAUUUUGAACAUGAUAACACGACGUAUAUGGCUUUGGUUUGUUGUUUGGGUGAUUUGGGAAUGUUUGGGGAGAUGUGGAAGGUGAUUCAAGAAAUGGUACGGCAGUUGGUUGUUAUGGAUCCUAAGGAUUUAUCGGAAGUUGUGAAGCUGUUGGGGAAGGCUAAGAUGGUUAAUAAAGCGCUUUCGCUUUUUUAUCAGGUGAAAGGGCGGAAAUGUAAGGUGAAUGCUAGUACUUAUAACUCGAUUAUCUUGAUGCUAAUGCAAGAGAAUCAUCCUGAUAAGGUGUACGAUCUUUAUAGCGAGAUGUGUAAUGAAGGUACUUGCUUUCCUGACACGGUAACAUAUGGUGCUUUGAUUUCGGCGUUUGCUAAGUUAGGUUAUGAUAACCCUGCUAUAAGAUUGUUUGAGGAAAUGAAGGAAAAUGGGUUUUAUCCUAAUGCUAAGAUUUAUACUACUUUGUUAGGAAUACACUUUAAGGCAGGGAGGGUAAAAAAGGCUCUAGAUUUAGUGGCAGAGAUGAGAGACAAAGGCUGUGCACCAACUGUUUAUACUUAUACAGAGUUAAUAAGGGGGUUUGGGAAAGCUGGAAAGGUAGAAGAAGCAUACAAGAUUUACAUCGACAUGCUAAAACAGGGUUGUAACCCUGAUGUUGUUCUCAUAAACAAUGUUGUCAACAUAUUGGGCCGGGCUGGUCGUUUAAGCGAUGCUCAAAAGGUUUUUGAGGAGAUGAAGUUAUAUCAUUGCCAACCGAAUGUGGUGACAUACAACACUAUGAUUAAAGCCCAUUUUGACUGUAAAUCUUCACCAAAGGAGGCUUUCUUGUUAUUUGAAAAGAUGAAGGAGAAUGGCAUUGUCCCUAGCUCUUUUACUUACUCUAUUCUCAUUGACGGUUUUUGUAAAACAAAUAGAGUGGAAAAAGCCUUGUUGCUUCUCGAGGAAAUGGAUGAACAAGGUUUUCCUCCUUGCCCGGCUGCGUAUUGUAGUUUAAUUAGCACUCUUGGAAAGGCAAAACGUUAUGAAGCUGCAAACGAGUUGUUUCAAGAAUUAAGGGAGAAUUGUGGGUCUUCUACUUCUCGGGUUUACGCCGUCAUGAUUAGAAAUUUGGGGAAAUGUGGGCAUUUGGGUGAAGCCAGGGAUCUUUUUAACGAGAUGAAAAAAUUGGGUUUGGUUCCAGAUGUUUAUGCCUACAACGCACUCAUGUCGGGCAUGGUAAGGGCGGGAUUGAUAGAUGAAGCAUAUUCCUUGAUGAGGGAUAUGGAAGAAAAUGGUUGUGUGGCUGACAUGAACUCGCAUAAUAUAAUUUUAAAUGGAUUGGCAAAGAGUGGUGGUCCACAACGGGCAAUGAUUAUGUUUGAGAAAAUGAAACGUUCAAAUAUAGAACCGGAUGCUGUCACUUAUAACACCCUUCUUGGCUGUCUCAGUCAUGCAGGCAUGUUUGAGGAGGCUGCUAAAUUGAUGAGAGAGAUGAAGUCACUUGGUUUUGAAUAUGAUUCUAUUACAUACUCAUCAAUAUUUGAUGCAGUCGGCAUGAUUCAUGAAGAACCCACGCAUCAAAUUUAGAGGUGGGAAUGCCCUGAUGAAUGUAAGGAAGCUAUAUCAAUUUUGAUGUUUGCAGCUGCAAGAUUUACCGGAAUUGCGCGAACUCAGAAGUUUAUUCGUUGAGAGAAAUGGGAAUUAUCUUGACCCUUAUGUAAACCAAGAGGAUUGGUCUCCAUAUGGCAAUGGAACAAACAAUGAAUCACCUAAAUCCCACCAUGAAAAUGGUUGGAAAGAAACUAUCAAGAAACAGAAAAGAGGAAUGACAAUAAACAAACGGACAUAUUAAAUAAGGACCACACUAUAAAAGAUGGUUUGCCCUGCAAACCAAAGAAUACAGUUGAAAAGGUAGAGAGAAAACACAUGGUCCGGCUUAUUGGAACAGUUCGCCCUAUAAGCCAAGGGCUAUAGUUGAGAAGAGCGACACAAAUACACUGAACUGGCUGUUGGAAACAGUUAGCUUUACAAGCAAGUAAGAAAAACAUGAUCGUGGUCGUGUAUCUCCUUAUUGGUCGAGAAACACUAGCUAUAGCAGUGAGAGUGCAACUAGUCCAGAAUUCAGUACAGGUCCGGCGAUAGUGCGUCUGAGGAUGUACCUGGAGGAAGAAAGGUAUAAACAUUUAGAUCAAUGGCUCCUCCUAACAUUGAAACUGAAUCAGCCAAAAAGCCAACGAUUUCUACAACUUCUGUUUCUGACUAAAAAGACAAUAAUCUUCAAAGUGAUACCCGAAGAAGGAAAUUCUAUGGGUUAAGGUCAAUGGGGCCUCCAUACAUCAAAACAUAUUUAAGCAAAAGGCCGUCAACUCUGCUGAAGAAAAGAUUUCUGGACUGGAGUACAAAGAGAGUAAUAUCAUACAUGAAGAAGAUUCUGUAAACAUUAGUAAACCAUUACCAAUAUCAAUGAGGAAUCGUAGACCAUUUAAGCCAAUUGCAGGUUCUUCUCAGGGAAACAGUGAAGAUCCAAAACUGGGUCCUAGGCUUUCGAAGGGUGAAAAUCUUGAUCAUGAUGAAAUAGAGGAUGAUCAAGAGAGAAAAAUGGACAUAUUUUUGUCACAAUACAGCAAAAAACCCUCAAAUACCUGCUCCAACGUGCUAAGGUCAGUUUUAAGGGCGGCAACUUGUCAAGAGGAUCCAGCUUUGAAUUAGGUCAUGUGCAUCCUAAACUUCCUGAUUAUGAUGAAUUUGUAGCACGAUUAGUAGCUUUUAGAAUGAGUUUUUAGUCAUGUUUCUUGUAGGUUUAUAUUUUGUGGUAGUAUUUUCUAGCAUUGUUCACCUGUAUCAACUCCUUGCUUUUAUAUUUUACUAGAAUUAGGUUUUACCAAUUAUCA